CAGCCAUCAAUAUCAUCUCUGAUGUUUACACGUUUGGACGCAGAGCGGAAUGUGAAGUCAAUGAAACGAGCUGUGUUGACAAAACGUUUGUCUCAGGAUUCAUAUAAUACAGUUAUUCAAGAAAUGAAUCAAUAUGUUAGCUUGCCGGGACGGCGGUUAGCUGAGCUGGUCAAGAGAUACAGACAUCAUUGUAUUAUGAAGGACGUAGGUAGGUACAGCCAGGUACUUGUAAAAACAGUUAGUGAGAAUCAAAGAUAGCAAGCAGGCAGGUAGAUAGGUAGAGAGAUGAAUAUGUAGAUAUGUAGUUAAUAUCUAUGUGGUUAAGUGCAAGCUGUUGACCGAGAUGCCCUGCAUGGGAACUAGCGGUGGUGCUUGGAUUGAGGAAAGAUCCAUGCAAAUGAUAUCCAGAGCUGUCAAUCACACUCGGGCAGCUUGCACUCACCAUUACAAAUGGUGGUGAGAAAAGUAAUAACGAGUCCACUGGCAUACCUAUUUAAUAUAGCGUGGGAUGGAGGGAGUUUAAACGUUUCGCAUUAUUUGGAUAUAGUCCAUACACUUUUGGUGCCAAACAACUAAUUACUAUAACUUAAGGUAUCCGAAACGGCAUCUCCUGCUUUGUGGAGGCACUUGGACAAAAAUGUGAAGGUCUUCAUAAAUCACCUUUUGACAGUGUUUUUCCCUCAAUUCAUCAGAAUUGAACGAAUCUAAAACUACACCCAUCCCCAAAUCUAAAACUACAUCGAUGAAAAUCCCCAGCCCUAGGUAGCUGAGUAAGUAGGCAGGUGUAUUACGUAGGAUCACUAGGAUGGGUGCAUGACCAUAGCCCAAAUUUAAUAGGGAGCUUUAUCAGCGAGUACGAGUACGAGAUUUGAUCGCGUGCGAUCGCACGCAGGCUAAAAUCCACUACAAAACCAUAGCCUCAUCUAUGAGCAGCAAUACACGAAUUUAGUGCAAGUAAGUCAAGAAUAAGUGGGGUUAAAAACCAGCCUGAUAUUUAUAGUAUUAAAUAGAUUAUUUGUCAAUUUUUGUCGCAAUUUUUAUUUCAGAAUUUUAGGUUUGCACAUGACUAAAAGAUUUCUCCAAAAUUUGGUACUCAGAUAGGCGAUGGCUACGACUUCUUCCCGUCAAUACGGGAUGUGGCGUAAGAAGUCUAAGAAAUUUCAAAGAAAAUUUCAAAUCAGAUGCCUUGGUUCAUAUAGUAAAAUAUUCCUAACUUUUGUAUAUUGCAAAUAGUUUAAGACAUGCAUGUUCUCCUGAAUUCUUUGAACUAACCAACUACUAGUUAAUUUUAUAGUUUUGACCCUGCAUGUGUAAACUAGCAUCAGCUAACUAAGGAUCCAAUCAAAUCUGAGGACCUAAUUAAUAGCGUGCAUUUCCCUGGCAGGCGGGUUUUUUGCGGGCAGCGAGAAAUAGGGAGGCGAAUGGUUUCCAAACAUGACCAAUCUCGUACUCAUUGUUGCUGCUAAAGCGCUCUAAUUUGUUUGCGCCACGGAGUAAAAUUGAAACGCAAUAUAUAACAACAACUAUCCUAUUAUUCACAGAGGAAAAUCUGAAUCCAGUGCGUAUUACCAGCACAGAGGUGUACGACCUUCAGGAGAGGAUGGAACACUUACAGACAGUACGAGCGAGGAAUUGGAGUAAGAAAAUGGCGGAGAUGGGAAGAGAACGAAGUGAACUUGGAGAUAAGAUUACUUCAAGUUUGAAAGAAAUUGAAGAGAGCUCUGGGAUAUUUCUCAUUAAACCUGUUUAUUCCUAUGUCUCCAUGUAUGUAUUUAUUUUGAAUAUUUACUAGCUUCUUCCAAACUGUCACUAUUAUUAAACUAAGGGUUAUACCCCUAAGUUUAUGCCUUCGAAAAAAGUUUCUGAAACGUUCUCUGAUCGUAAAAUGUUUUUAACACCAGCUUUCGACUGCCAAUCUGCAGUCUUCGACAGGUAAAUAGAGAGUUUAAGUUCGACUUCCAAUACUAAUACCGAUACCAAUAUUUUCACUUCCGUUCUCAUUUUGGUACCGGGAAUUAUAAAGCGUUAAGUUAUCACGACAGAUAAAGUGUAGAACACAUUAAUCGUCACCGAAAAUGUGCGGUAUACUAAACGGCAGCUGAGCUAAAAUUCCGACUAAAACAUGACUCAGGUGAUGCUAAUAAACAAAUAGUUUACAUGCUUAUCGUAAAAAUUAUGAAAUAUCCGAUUUAUAUGAGUUUAUCUUACAAUUCCCCCGACUUCCAAUAUAAGGCCGACUUCGGUAGUGGUGACUUCCAAUGCACUUGUCCUCGUGCUUCUUGCGAGCAAGAGAACAUGCGCAUGACAUGUUGUUAGUAUCGAUAUUGGUAUCGGAAGUCGAACUUAAACUCUCUAAUAUGCAGACUGGCAGUCGAAAGCUCGUGUUAAAGAUGUAAUUUCUCAAAAAAGGUACAUGGUAUAAACUUGAUAUUUGCCGCUGUAUUGGUGUAAUGUACUCAGGUGAAUAAGAUGCUUUUGAUGUUACUCUGAGUUUAUAUCCACACCGGGCAGGCUUGAAAAAUAUGCCUGGCCCAUACUCGAACCGACCUGACCACGUAGCCAUACUCGAACCGACCUGACCACAUACUUGAACCGACCUGACCACGUAGCUCAGUUGGCAGAGCAUUGGGCUAAUAUUCCAUUCGUAUAGAUUCGAUUCCCACCGUGGCCAGGCAUAUUUUUCAAGCCUGGCCGGUGUGGAUAUACACUCAGAGUAUUUUAAGGCGGCAUUUGAUUAACUUGGCUGGAAUUAAAAUUUCGGAAGAAAAGGAAUAAAACAUUUUCGAAUUGGUCUAUAAGUUCGAUAUACUCUCAACUAAGUUUAUUUUAGACGUGUUUUACCUGCUCUCUGACCUCAGUAAAUGGGUUUAAUUUGUGUGAGGAUUACGAGUGAAAACCUGUCUGACAUUAUUGUUUGGUUGUUGUCAACUCGCGAAAAUUCAUAUUAUCUCAUUUCAGGCCACCGGAAGUAGAAAGGUCGUCGCAUCCUGUCAUUUGCAAGAAGAGAUCCCCUCUGUCUGCAGAGGUACCCUCGGAGAACACUAGUAAACCAGGUUACCCCCUCGAGACCACACGUACCCCUGGUUGGACCUUCAGACAAAGUAUUGACCGACCAAUGUGGAUUGUAAGUGGCUAUAUUGUAUUUGUUUUCUGUGGAAAAAUAGUCGUUUCUCAUCCUCAUUCCUCGUUAUCCUAGCAUUUGUUGUUAGAGGCACAGUGUUUAGUCCAUGGGCUUUUAACGAUGUCCAGAUUUAGUCGAUGUGCUUUUUAACGAUCGAUGUUAAAUUCAUCUGAUAGCCAAGCUGAAUUGCGAAGGACCAAGCUUAACCAAGGGGGCGCUUCUUUCGUCAGCUUAUGACUAAUGUCUGAUCACGGAGCGCAGCUACGGUGGAAUGAUCUGUACGGGACUAAUCCCAACUCAUUCUGUCAACAUUUGUUGUGGGAUGAAAUCAGGAUACCCGAAGAAAAUCCACGACUUUUGGCAGAGCGUUGACUGACUCUUUCUACAUAAGUGUCAUGAGUCCGCAGCCAAAAUUGCACCCACGAUCUCAGAGGUGAAAAGCGCUUUCUCUGACGAUUGCGCCAGAGCAAUAUGUAGUUCCUUGUUGUAGGAUUAUAAUUUCGUCUUAGUUCUAUGUGAGAAAGAUGACUUAGUUUCCUUCCUGUUCUCCAGUUUACUCUUGUGGUAAAACAAUACUUUUUUCCUGUGUGAACCUCCAGAAAGAACAGUUUAAAAGUGAUACGUUUCAUUUCAAGUUUCUUCCUGUAGUAAUACUUGUUCAAUAAGGGUUGGAUGGUCCUUACUGGACAUCUUAGAAGAAACGUUUAGAACUGACAGAAAUACCAACUAUAAAUAAAGUUAGUUUAGUUAAUUUUCUCUUGACGUGGUCCAAUAGGCCUAAGGGAAAGCUCUUCCAGCACCUCUAGGGAGAACAGAUUAGACAUUUUUGAGCUAUCCAGUAUAAAUUAGCGUACUCUGGUAUCUAUAACUCAUACACUGCUUUUGUAUUUUUUAGUCGAAAGACUCUCAUGUAACUGACAGUGGAACACGUUUUGAUGAUAAUCCUAUGCCAAGAUUACUGGCGAUGGAUGUUAACCGAUUUACACUUAGUAAAAAUCUCAUCAGGUAACUAUUUUAUUUUGCAAAUUUUUUUAUCAUAGUAUAAUGAUCAUGAUUAUAUAUGCCGUAUUUCCGUAUACUUAUGUGUUUGUCUGAAUUUUAGUGGGUCUUUUGAUAUGAAAUCAGGUAGUGGUGGUGUUCGACAAUACGUGACUGUAGAACGACCUAUUGGAACUAGCAAGCCCGUUCAUGUUGACCGUAAGUUUGUAGCAAAAUCUUAUUUGUUAACUUCCAGUUUUCUAUUGCAAAUGCUCUGAUGUGAUUUAUACUGCUGACUGUAUGAAUCCCCAAGGCACCCCAUUUCUUUUACUCUCGAUUUGUGCGAACUUAUGGUCGUCUAAGAAAAAUCUCAUAAAAUUCAAAAUGGCGUCUUUUAUUGCUUUUCGUCUUCUGACCCUAUAUUCGUCGUUUCGUUGUCAGAAUGCACAAACGAGAUGAGACAGGUAGGUAUCGAGAUAUUUAAGGUAUUUAUGAUAUUGUGUGACUGUUCUGAAUGUCGUUCUUUUGGAACUAAAUAUAGAUUCGCACAAUACAUAUAAUUACAGUAUGUACACAUGCAUAUACACAAAGCAUACUGUGGAUUAGUAACUUCUUAUUAACCGAACGCGAGGUCUGUACAGAGAAAUAUUGUUUCUUAUUGGUCUUUUCUGUAGAGACCGAGCCCGUAGAGCGAAGUUUGUACAAAAAGACCGAGGUCAUAUAUUUUUCUGUACAUACCGAUACCGGGCAAGCGAGGUUAAUAAAAUGUUUAUUAUAUGGCAUUUAUACUUGAAACAAACAAGAAAUGCAUGAUUUGAAAUGCAUAUUAGUAGCGUGGUACACAUUUGGUCGAAGAAAACAAAAAAUACCAAUGUAUUCCUUCUUUUCCAUUGAAAACCAUCCGCAGAUCGGUAUGACAUCGAAUAAUUUAACGAUCUUUAUAACACUUAAAAUUACGAUAGUACGACAAAAUAAAACUAAAAUUGUUAAGAGGGAAAUUAUGUUGGCAGAUAGUACUCCUGGUAUAUGUGGAAGAAGUUGUUUCGCUGACCUCAGAAUGACAUUUCGUCAAAUUUUUUUUCUUCAAGGUUGGUUUAGAAACAAAUUUGGAUUAGGGUUAGGUUAGGGUUAGUGUAUGGAUUAGGAUUAGGGUUAGAGUUGAUGUUUGGAAUAGGGUUAGUGUUAAUAAAACCGUUGCUUUGUUACGUUUUGUCACUCUGAGGUCAGCGAAAUAAUCUCUUCCCGCAUUUAUGUUGAUGUCGUAAAAAGCGAAUCGGGUGUCGUGUAACUGGACCUAAGUACAAGAUAAAGUAAAUCCAGAAUUCAUGAAAAAUUAAACUAUAUUUCUAGGAAGUACCAAAGUGCCAACACCAUCACUUCACACGUUUCCAGUCGACAGCUGCGCCUCUUCUCCAGGUUCUUUCACCCCUUAUCCUCCAUUACCACCCAUUAACCUUCCACAUUCACAUAUAUCAUCAGCUACCUCCGCUACGAACCAAUCAGGAUCCUCCCUUUCUCUGACGUCAUUUGAUGAAAACUUUGCUCGAUGACGAAUUCCUAAUGCUACCGUUAGUUGGUUUGAAGCAAGAAUGAGUGUUUGUUAUGUUUAGAAUCUCAAAACCCCUUAAACAGCUAACUCGUGUCAAUCCCUGUUACCAUGCAACAGACCUUCCUCAUGCAAAAUAAUUCACAACCUUGUUGCGUGCUUUGAUUGCGCAGUCUUGUAAGUACAUUUGCCGAUUUUUUUGUGAAUGAAUAGAGUAGCAACUGGCUUGGACAUGCGUUAGCUGUUUGCUGAACACCGCUGUCAAACGUCCGCGUAUCAACUUCUUGUAUUCGAUAGACUAGAAGUAGUAUUGUCUUCACGAACUCUAACAAAGAGUUUAUGAAAUUCGCGAACUUAAAAAGCGAUGAAGUUCUUGUCAUGAGGUAACAUUUGGUAGACAUUUUUUCUGCCAUUUUCGUAGAAUUGCUCUUGACGUUUGACCGCGGUGUUAUAGUCGACUUGGGGCAAGUAUAAUUGUGAUAUUGUGAAAGUAGAAUAACUUAUUUCUAAAGCCCACUAAAGAUGAGCAAGCUUUUGGCGAGAUUGCCUUCUCGUGUGCUCGGCGAGUAUUUUCUUUUUUGGCCGUAACUGGCACACGAAUACUAAUUGCCGUGUUCAAAUGUUACUAGCUUCCGAACAAUCAUACUUAUCAAAAAAAAAGUUUUCAAUCUUUUUGUGGGAAGGAAAACUUGUCCAGAAAAAUUUGCUCGUCCGCUCAGGGCAUACAUGAAGUACUUAAAGGGGCAAUGUCACCGAUUUUUGACCUAAAAUACCGUUUAUUCAAAAACUGAACUACAAAGUUAAAAAUAAAGAUUGUAAAUGGAUUAAGUUAUGAUAUAUGAGCCAUAUUAAACAACUUUGAACUUCCACGAAACAUGUAAUAUGACAUUUUCAUAAAAAAUGACUAAAACUUGAAAAAGUGUCUGCCAACAAUUAAUCAAGAUGCCAUUUACAGUCCAUCUCAAUCCUGGCGUAAUCUUGCCCAUCCAGACUUCUGUACAUGUUUUUUGUGUCUGUUAUUGCUUUAUUUUAUGCUUACACUAAUUUUUUUUCAGUUUUGGGCAAAAUUUGCGAUGGUUGGAAUUGCCCAAAAAUCGGUGACAUUGCCCCUUUAAUAAUUAUCGAUACUGGUGACCAUGGUUCAAUGUUUUGUCAUCAAAUGACUAUAAGCUAAAUUAUUUUUAUUGUAGAUAAACUAUAUGUAUAUUUGUAAAUACGUGCAAAAUUAUUUAUAUUUUUCAAAAAAAUAAGUAUCAUU